AUGCUGACUACCCAGGAUCACCUUGUCGAUGGCAUAGUGGCUCAUGAACAGCUGCCGCGUUACUUUGGGAAGUCGGGCCCUACUGAUGCCGAUCCGCGAAAGACCAAGAAAGAUGGAGGCGGUAAAGCUAAUUGGGGCCGCUCGGGUGAUGAAUCACAGGAUUGUGGAUAUACCUUCACCAAUAAUCGCCGUCGUUCCAAUAGCAGCACUCAGGGCCUUACAGAUUUCACGACAAAAUUCGAGAUCGCUGAGCCUGAACCCGUCUUCGAAGAGCAGCUCCACGAUACACCUGAUGUGAAUGUGGCGAAGGAAAUUGCGGUGACCAAAGUAGACUCUACCAGCAGCAGCAACGAGAGUGAAACGGACCAGGGAAGCAUCAAGUAUUAA